AUGAAUCCUCCAAAAUCUAAAAAACCCAAGAAAAAAUGUAUUGCCUCUGUUACUGCCACUGAAAUGGGGUCAGUGAGUUCCAAUUCCGGUUUUGAUGUAGAUUCCAUGAGGGAGCUGGUGAGUGCCACCAGGAAGUUCUCGCAGAUGUUAAUUUACUUCAGAGAAGCCAUUCUUUCAGAAUGCUUCAGAGAUGUCAUAUAUGUACGGCUAGAUGAACUACUUCUUGCUUUAAAGUCUGUAAUGACUAAAUAUCAGAGCCUCAAUUCCACUGAUCUUCAGAAUGCUGCGGAUAUGCUUAUUGCAAAAGUGAAAGCUGUGAACUUCAAAACAAUUAAUGAAGAAAAUAAAAAUGAUACCUUCCAAGAGGUGUUUUCUUCUAUUGAAGCACUGGCAUUUACCUUUGGGAGGAUCCUUACAAAUUUCCUCCUGGGAGAUUUAGGCAAUGUGUCAGUAUUGCAACUGCCUGUGUCUCAGGAAUGCAAGUCAUUUGAAAAUGUUUCUGUGGGAUCAAUUGACACAUCUUGUGAGAAAGGAAAUUUAUCUCCUAUGGAACUAGACAAUGCUCUGGUAAAGAACACUGACUGUGUAGAAUUGGCUUUGUCAUAUGCUAAAACGUGGUCAAAAUAUACCAAGAACAUAGUUUCAUGGGUUGAGAAAAAGCUGAACUUGGAAUUGGAAUCCACUAGAAAUAUUGUCAAGUUGGCAGAAGCAACAAGAGCAAACAUUGGACUACAUGAGUUUAUGCCAUUAAAGUCGUUAUUUACCAGUGCUCUUCUUAAUGACAUACAGAGCAGUCAACUUUUACAAGAAACAGUUGCAGCUCUCCAAGCUAACAAAUUUGUGCAGCCUUUACUUGGGAGAAAAAAUGAAAUGGAAAAACAAAGAAAAGAAGUUAAAGAACUUUGGAAAGAGCAACAAAAUAAAAUGCUUGAAACAGAGACUGCUCUUAAAAAAGCAAAAUUGUUGUGCAUACAACGUCAAGACGAAUAUGAAAAAGCAAAAUCUUCCAUGUCCCGUGCGGAGGAAGAACUCCUGGCCUCAAGUGGAGGAUUAGCAAAAAGUCUUAACAAGCAGCUAGAAAAAAAGCGCAAGCUAGAAGAAGAGGCUCUUCAAAAAGUAGAAGAAGCAAAUGAACUCUACAAAAUGUGUAUGACACAUGUUGAAGAAAGACGAAAUGAUCUAGAAAAUACCAAGAGAGAAGUUUUAGCACAGCUCCGCACACUUGUUUUCCAGUGUGAUCUGACCCUUAAAGCUGUAACAGUUAACCUUUUCCAAAUGCAGCAUGUCCAAGCUGCAUCCCUUGCAAAUGCCUUGCAGUCUUUCUGUGAGAGUGCCAAGAUUUAUGACCCAGGCCAAGAAUAUGGUGAUUUUGUCACGGCCACAAAUGCUAAUGAAGAAGACAAAGUUGAUGGGUACUUAAAGAAACAAUUAACAGAUAGUUCCCAAACUUCUGGAUAUGGGCCUGCCGACUCUCUAGAAGAUGUGCAUCUUCCUAACAGUUUUCCGAAUGUUGAAGAGGAUAGAAGCUCUAACAGUGCAUAUGUAACAGGUCCUUCUUUCACAAGGUCUUGGGCAUUUGGAAUGUUUAGUGAUUCCGAAAGUACAGGUGGGAGCAGUGAAUCUAGAUCCUUGGAUUCUGAAUCAGUAAGUCCAGGAGACUUUCAUCGAAAACUUCCUCGAACUCCUUCAAGUGGUACCAUGUCAUCUGCAGAUGAUCUUGAUGAAAGAGAGCCACCUUCCCCUUCAGAAACUGGACCUAGUUCUCUUGGACCAUUUAAGAAAAUAUUGAUGUCAAAACCGGCCCUUACCCAUAAGUUUCGCAAAUUGAGAUCCCCUAACAAAUGUCGGGACUGUGAAAGCAUUGUUGUAUUUCAUGGAUUCGAAUGUGAAGAGUGCCUCCUUGUUUGUCACCGAAAGUGUUUGGAGAACAUAGUCAUUCUAUGUGGCCAUGAGAAGCUUAUGGGAAAAAUGAGCUUAUUUGGAGCAGAAUUCACCCAAGUUGCAAAUAGGGAGCCAGACGGCAUCCCUUUUAUACUCAAAAUGUGUGCCUUAGAGAUUGAAAAUCGAGCCUUAUGUCUUCAGGGUAUUUAUCGUGUAUCUGGAAAUAAAGUAAAAAUUGAAAAGCUAUGCCAAGCUUUUGAAAAUGGAAUGAACUUGGUUGACAUUUCUGAAUUUGGCUCUCAUGAUAUCUGUGAAGUAUUGAAAUCAUACCUUCGACAGCUCCCAGAGCCACUUAUUUUAUUUCGACUGUACAAGGAAUGUAUGGACCUUUCAAAGGAGCUUCAGAAUAUCGGUGAAGAGCUGGAGCUGAGGAAAGAUGGUCCUCAAGACAAAAAAUGGCCGAGCGCAUGUAUAGAAAUAAACCGAAUUAUUCUAAAAAGCAAGGAUCUUCUAAGACAGUUGCCAGCACCAAAUUUUAACAGUCUCCAUUACCUCAUAAUGCACCUUAAAAGGGUUGUAGACCAUGCAGAGAAAAAUAAAAUGAACUCCAAAAAUUUGGGAUUGAUAUUUGGUCCCUGCCUCAUUAAGCCAAGACCAACAACUGCUCCUGUCACCAUAAACUCCUUUACUGAAUAUUCUCAUCAAGCACGAUUAGUGGAGUUCCUUAUUACAUAUUCACAGAAGAUAUUUGAUGGGCCCUUCCAGUCACAGGCUGGAGUUGUGGACACUGCAGGUGUAGGUGAUCCUGAGGCCAAAAUCAGCUCUCUUCCAAAGGCUGUGGUGCCACCAGAAGAAAGGGACUCAGAACAUCUCAUGAAGCCACUGUUUUAUUCUUCAAAGGAAGAUAUUCUUACUACAGAUAGUGAAAGCAAAGGUUUAGAAGCAGUUACACCAUUUGGGGAAUCAGACCGCAAGCAAAAUUCAUUUAAAAAGUGCACUGAUGACAAGGAACAUUGGCUUCCUGACAACAACAUUGAAACCUCAUCCCAGAAAGAUGACGAUGUGUAUAAGACCCGUAAGUCACUUGUUCUGAAAUGUGAUAGAGAUGCCAGCUAUGUUGAAAGACAUACUCGAAGGAGCAGGGUAAUGGUUAGACCUGUGAGUUUGCCUGUAGAUAGACUCCUCCUUGCAAGCUUUCCUAACGACAGAAAUAGCAGAUAUGUGGGAAAUGUCAAUUCCGAACAGUUUUCUAAGAAUCCUGCCCUUGAAGGAGUUCAUGAAAAAGACAGCCCCAGUACUGUUUGUUCCAAACUUGAUGACAGUGACCUGCAAAUACUACACAAAACUUUGGACAAACAGUCUGAGCAGAAUGGCCUGACCUCAAGGACAGCGAGGAGUAUACCCAAUGUGCAGCAAGAGAAAGGAGUGACAAGUGUGAGGACCAGUGGGGACCAGGUGGUCAGGGCCACCCAGCCCAGUAAGCCAUACACCGAGCCAGUCAGGUCAGCAAGGGACGCACUGGAACGAAGGUCGUCGGAUUCAAAUCCUCUUGCUCCUGUCAGAGCACCCAGAACGCUUCAGCCCCAACACUGGACAACAUUUUAUAAGCCACGGACUCCUGGUAGCACUGUAAACAGGGGUGAGAAGAGGCCUGGCACCCCACAUACGCUCCGUGCUUACAGAGUGAAAUCACUCCCAGACUCGGAAAGUGAAGCAGCUUGUCCUGGUCAGCUGGUGGGUAAGCUCAAGGAGAGCCCCAAGGAGCAGGGCCAGCCAGAUGGGAACCCAGCAUGUCAGAGACCCAGGCUAAAACGAAUGCAGCAGUUUGAAGACCUUCAGGAUGAACUCCCUCAAUUUGUGUAG